AGUGAUGCCAGCUCUACACACCAAGGCCGCCUGUCGCACACCGGAUUCUACAAGUGGAAGAUUUUAGGCGAUCUUAAACACUCUUUGGCUAACAUUGAUAUAUCUCAUAAUAACCGACCCAGUAUGUAUUUCCCGAACCGGCAGCUACGACGUCGAUCUCUAUGAUUGCAGAAGCACUAUCAUUGGCAGCUCUUGCUGCUUUAAAAACCAUUAGGUACGUAUUCUGUAUUCGAAUGGCCGCUUCAUGGUAACUUCCCACGUGAUAUUUUCUUUAAAAUCUCCGCCCAUCUCAAUUCCAGUACCCUAACACCGACACGCCUGUACUUUGCCAAUCAAAACUCCCAUCAUGAAGUCCGUAAAGGCGCUCGGCAAUUUGCCGUACUGCAUUCUCUUGAUCGCCCAGUCUGUGAGUGCACUUGUGGGAGGGACUGAUGCAUCUGCGAAUGAUGCACCAUUUACAGUCGCCGUUAUCUCGAGUGGCUGGUUCGGUGAUUCCUACAUCUGUGCUGGCUCAUUGAUCAGCCCAAAAACUGUUCUCACUACAGCUGGAUGUGCCGAUGGAUCUUCAGCAUCUUCGCUGAAGGUACGUGUGGGCAGUCUCGACCACGCAACUGGCGGCAAGCUGAACCAGGUGACGAAAAUCAUCAAACAUCCUAACUAUAACACCAAUACACGGGAUUCUGACUUCGCCGUUCUUCAUCUGACGUACCCGGUCAUGGAUAUCAAACCUGUGGCAAUUCCCGAGCAAACUACACUCACAGGGGCCCCUGUAAGUCUUUACGGUUGGGGGCUCACUGGCAAGCUGUUGAAUCAGAAACCCCGAAAAUUGCAACGGCUUGAUACCACUUUCAUCUCAGCCAAUGACUGCAACCCAAUAUGGUCAGAUGUCAAUCCGGUGACCCCUACCAUGAAUUGUGAUGCAGCACCGGAGAAGCACCAGGGAUCCUGUAACCAUGACCAAGGGGGUCCAGUUGUUAGCGAUUCCGGUGAAUUAGUUGGCCUCAUGGGGUACUAUGACUAUUGUGAGCCGCAUUCGAAUGGUCGUCCUGAUGUCAAUAACGACCCGCUGAGCGCAUCGGAUUGGAUUGCUCUUAAUACUAUCUGAUUAAUCAUAUUGAAAAAUCGGAAUACUUCCGUGGCCUAAACUCGGUGAAACGAUAGGCAGCAAGUAUCUAGCCUUUUCUCAGGUUAAAGCGAGCACAGUCACAGGCAUUCCCAGUUGAGCCUUGAAGUCAAUAGUUCAGGAAGCUUGGAA